AUGGAGGCCACCACCUUGAUGCCCGCCCUGGUCAAUCUACCUGCGGAGCUGAUUCUACAUAUUUUUAUCUUUUUGGAACCAAUACAACUUGCUGCGGUCAACCGGACCUGUCGAGCACUUUCUCACCACAGCCAUGACGAUCAACUUUGGCAACCCUUCGUCAACGAAAGUCUGCCAAAUCCCGUCAGCACCCCAGCACCUCUGAAGUCCUUCCGUGAGCUCUACAUUGCGCACCACCCAUAUUGGUUUUUGCCAAAGUAUCGUCUCUGGUUUGGCGAUACAGAGCAUCAAGGAAAGCUCGUGGCAGCACGCUACAAUGAGCAAAAAGGAUGCAUCGAGGCAUACACGGUGGUGGCGCAAAGAGGCAGGCACAGGCUUGAAGUCUGGGAGAAGGACAGAGAGGUCAUCAUACACAGCUUCAACCCCAAGAUCAUGCUCGACCUCGCCAAGCCUGUACUCAAGCUAGACAUCGGUGGUUCACGGACGCACGACCAGCUAUUCAAUGACCUAAGCGAUAGAGCAUAUGCACCUCCUUCGCCAUACAGCAAAGAGAUCGUGAUGGACACUGCUGCGGAAGCGGGAUUGUUUUCGUCGUUCAUGCUUUGUCGCAAACUGCCCGAGACGGCUGUGACUUCACAAACCGCUGUGUGGCCGCCACUGUCAUUGCCGGCCCCAAGUCAUGUCCGCAACCACAGUAAUGACGGCUACCAAUCAGCUGGUCAUCGACCAUCAAGGCUAGAAGAAGUUAGCGAGCAUCAUUGGCGUCUCAGGAAGUGGGUCGAGUUCAACGGUCGUCGUGCUAACCCGACUAUUGUCUCCUUGAUGUCGCAUGGCAUGUACAAUCCCAUGAACGGCAGCAACGGAUCAUACAACGGCGGAGGUAUUAGCAUCAAAAUGCCCGAGGACAUCACGACAUUUGCGACUCUCCCAGAGUGGGCCUUCACACCCACGCCCGCCAAGCCAUGGCAAGGUCUAUGGUGUGGCGAUUACAGCGGACAUGGCUGCGAGUUUCUCGUCGUACUUCAGCCGGAUAAGAAGGACGAACUGCCCUUGCCACCGGGAAUGGACUGGCUGCGGCAAUGGUUUCGCGGUGUCACGCGCCGGGAGAGCUCAGGCAGCGAUGCUAGCUAUGCUAGUGCGCAAGAAGAGUUCGAUCACGAGGAAGCGGCAAGGGAGCAAAUGGCGCGAAUGCAACGCGAUGCUGAACGCAACCAACAAGAGCUUAUACAAGCUGUCACUCAACAGCAGCUUAUGCAACUCCUGGCUAUGCACAACGAAGAUACUCAACAGCCAAACAUCGCCCCUCAGAUCCUGGAAGGGUUCACCGAACCACCCGUCGAGUCGCCUACGGUCGUGGCUAGUUCGUCCAAGGUCAUUCCGGAGGUCGAGAACCAAGAUGUUCCUAGUGGUAGGCUCGAAGCUAUCAAGUUGACUGGCGACCCGAACAUACCACGAGGAGAGCUCACGUUCCUCGCACCUGACAUCGGUGAAGCUGGCUUCUUGCGUAUAGCAGACGAGGAGAUAUUCAAGGGCGCUAGAAUAGUGCGUAGUGCUGGGCACAUCGCUGGCCGCAACUUCCGUGAUGAUCAAUACACUCCCUCGCAGCUCAUCAUGAUCUCGCACGAUCGGCUUGCUCAGUUCUGGGAGGGCUUCGGUCACAUCUCAUACUACCAACGAGUUGACGUCGACGCACUCAUGAAGUACACAGGCGAGCCCUCUCCACCACGACAGCGGCGCAAGGAUGGGACAUAUGAUGAGUGA